AUGCAUAUCAACGAAACGCCAGUUUGCAACAUUGCCAAAAAUAGCGCUAUGGCGAAGACUCUCCAAGUAUGCAAAUUGAUAAUUUGGGACGAAUGCACAAUGGCCCACAAGAGGUCGCUGGAGGCACUAGAUAGGACGUUAAAAGAUUUACGUGAUAACCAAAACAUUUUUGGUGGAGCUAUGAUACUGUUGUCAGGUGAUUUUCGUCAGACUCUUCCAGUAAUUCCUCGAUCGACUGUUGCUGACGAAAUAAACGCAUGUCUAAAAUCAUCAAAUUUGUGGCGGCACGUAAAGACACUACAAUUAACUACUAACAUGCGAGUGUUUUUGCAACAAGAUCAAACUGCGACUGUGUUUUCGAAGCAGUUGCUGGAUAUUGGCAAUGGUAAGGUCGCAGUUGACAGCUCGACCGGAUUAAUGACUUUUCCCACAGAUUUCUGUCACUUCACAGAAUCGAAAAAGGAGCUUAUUCAGCGUGUUUUUCCGGACAUUAAACAACAAUAUAAUAACCACGAUUGGCUAAGUGAACGAGCAAUAUUGGCAGCAAAAAACAAAGAUGUCGAUGAUCUCAAUGCUACCAUUCAGAAUUUCCUUCCAGGAGAGUUGUUUACGUACAAAUCAGUUGACACGGCCACAAACCAGGAUGACGUAGUCAACUAUCCUACAGAAUUUUUAAAUUCAUUGGACUUGCCUGGACUACCACCAUAUAAUUUGAAAUUAAAAGUAGGGUCAGUUGUCAUCAUGCUGCGUAAUAUUAAUCAACCUCGACUUUGCAAUGGAACGAGAUUGGUUGUGAAGAAACUCAUGAAUAACAUCAUCGAAGCUAAAAUAAUCAAAGGAAAAUACAAAGGAGAGGAUGUCUUAAUCCCACGAAUACCUAUGAUUCCAACGGAUUUGCCAUUUGAUUUUAAGAGGUUGCAAUUUCCCGUGCGUCUGGCGUUUGCGAUGACCAUAAAUAAAUCGCAAGGCCAAUCGUUGCAAGUUUGCGGAAUAAACUUAGAGUUUCCCUGUUUCGCACAUGGACAAUUAUACGUUGCGUGUUCGCGUGUCGGAAAACCAACAUCCUUAUUUAUUUACGCACCGCAAAAAAAAACUAAAAAUAUUGUCUACCAGAAAGCACUAUAUUAAUUAACUGUAUAUGAUCAUAACUGUGUUGUAUUUAAUUUAAGCAAAGAUUUGUUUAUCAUGUUCACAGUCCAGAAACGAGCACAUCCAAGAAAAUUUUAAAUUUUUGUAUAUGAAGUGUAUAAAUAUAAAUAAAUGACUUAAUAUGUAUAUAAUA